UAGAUUUCCAUUCUCCACCACCGCUGCCUUUUCAUAAGGUUUAGGCACAUGCUUUCUGCAGCUAAGCAAGACUUUUUGAGUGCCACUUAGGCAAUGAUGAAAAGAAAGGAAAUCCAGAGUCCUCUAUUCUCAAGAGAUUAUGACUGAGCCAAGCAAAAGGUCAACAAAAUCCACAGUAGACACCACAUUGCCAUCCUUUCUGCAAAAUAACAAUCAAGAAUAUCUAGAGACACCAAGUCAGGCCUCCAAAGAGCUUCAUCUUUCAGCGCCUGGCCCUCCUUUGAAAUCAAAUUCUACUUUAUCAGCCUUUCCUGAGCCUUCUGUUAGUCCUCCACUAAAACAGUAUUUUGUAGAUGAAGCAUGCCAAAUAGAUAGGUUCAAACAACAGGAUUCCUCACCAAGAAAAAAUGAAAACUCAGUUGAAGAAUGGACAUUUUAUCCAAGCUCUGUAGAUGAAACUUCCUCCCGUAAUGGCAUUCCAAUGAGGAUGCUCGGUGACCACCCAUUUGCUGCUCCUGAACAAAGUCCAGACUUCCACAAAAAGGGAUCAACACUAUCUCCAGUUAAUUUUGGGAGCUCUAGUUAUAAAAAACGAUCAGAUACCUUUAUCCCUCUCCAGCGUUUGUCAAUAACUUCUAGUGUACCCUUCCAUGUAAAAGAGAAAGAACUAGAAUUAGAGAGAGAAAAGAUGGAAGUGCAGAACCUGGAAACCUGGAAGCCUAGCCCAAGUUUGAUGCAAUCUUUACUUGAGAGUGGACAGGCCAGAAAACUAACAUUUUCAUAAUCGAAGACUGGAAAGCAAGCUUGGUCCAAAAGCUCUGAUUCUGCAUAUCUAUCAGCACUCUCCAUGGCUCCCCAGCUGCCCUCGCUUCCUGAUCUGAAAAAGUCCAUUGGAAGAGUUACCUCAUGAUGUCAUCCUUUGGGUUUUAAUUAAGAAUCAGAAAACCAAAGAGGUUGCAGAUCAUCAAAGAAACAAUUCUACGGGCUGCUCAUUCACAACCCUAGGCAACCUUGUAAUGAAGAUGCUCCACAUCCCAUCAGUGAAUAGUUCUGUUCUCCUUUGAUUUUUCUUAAUAAUGUUUUAUCUCAUUUUUUUCUAACAAAUUUAAUGAGCAUGGCUGAAAAAAAUGAAGAAGGAAUAACAAUUCACAUGCCUCUUCCGUUAAACCCUACUGCACAGUCCUCAUGUUUUGAAACAAUACUAUAAGCUGAUUUAAUUGCAGACCUAAAAAUAACUUGCCAGCUGUUGCUAUUGCAAGCAAUUGUUUUCUGCCCAUUCCCUGGUGAAUUAGCCUGUGAUGAGAAAGCACAUGUACUUGGCACUGGCAGGGGUACCAAAGCAAAAAGCAGAAGGACAAAAACAUUUGUUACACUUCUCAUUUGUAUCCUUACUGUAUGUUUCCUGAGAAAACAUUUCAAAUAUGAGGCUGAACUGUUUAACACCUGCAUCAUUCAUCUUCCUGGCGUUUACAUUUUGAAGGUCUAAAGGUAAAUUAAUUCUUUUUUAAAAAAAAUUAUUGCAUUUCAAAGAAGGUAUAAAGAUAAGGAAAAAUUUUAAAAAAGGAAGUAGGGAAAGGGGGAAAAGGGAAAAUUGGGAAUACAGUCAAUAAAUGAAAGAAAUACAAAAGAAAAUAACAUUUGACCUUCUUUGGUACAAACAAAAAAUACAAUAACUUUUUGAACUAAUUUAAAACAUAAUGUACAAUUCUUUCAAAACCAAUAAACAUAUUUAGUCAUCAAAUCCCAAAGUUAGUAUUUCAUUUCUUCUGUUCCAUGCAAAUGGUUUCCAGGUAGAGAUGAAGCUAGACAAAGUCUUUUUCUCUAAAGAAGCAAUCAGCUUUGCCACCUCCUCUAAUUCCAUUAAUUUGUCCAUCCCCACAGAGAAAUUAAUCCUUAUUGUUCACUUUCCUCUUAAUGUUAUUCGCUGUUACUGAUAACAUUUCCCACAGCCCUGUCUGAGCUGAAUGAAAACAAAUCCUCUCUUGUACAAUGGACAGCUUGCAACUAGCCAUGAGUUCCUUGGGUUGUUAUAGUGGUCCUUAGCUCUUUAACUCCAGAUUCUAAGAAAGUAUGGAGAUUGAGAUUGAGAUAUGGCUGCCUGGGAAGGAUGCUUUUUUAAUGCCAGAACGUAGUUUGUUUGUUGUACCUUGAUGAACGUAUCUUUUCUUUUAUGUACACUGAGAGCAUAUGCACCAAGACAAAUUCCUUGUGUGUCACACUUGGCCAAUAAAAAUUCUAUUCUAUAAAAAAAAAUUAAAAAAAAUUCUAUUCUAUUCUAGUUUUCUUUAGGAGGCAACCUAGCACCCAUCUACCUACCUCCUACAUGACAAUAUUGAGAAAGCAUAGAUGGGGCACAUCUUGGGUGAAAGGAAAGAAGGACAUGUAUCCCUCUUUCAUGUAUAUACCCACAGCUUCACUGGCCAUAAAAAGCAGAUUUAUGCAGGCCACCCUGCAGCAUUGAUCCAAUUCAGUUGCCCUUAUUGAAUCUGCAACCAGAGGAACUGGGUAGGCCAUCAAAGCAUGAACCUCAAGAAGUCCCUGGAUAUUCCCAAUCUACCUGGCCAUUCAAAGAAAGGCAGCGGAUCCGUGCCUUUAGAGCUGAUUACUGCAGUUUCCUAUUUGAGGAGUGGUAUCCUAGGGAGUUGACCCUGAUAAACAGUGUAAUAAAUCUCAUAUUAUGGCUAUCCUUUCUAGGCACAGCAUAUGUGAUAAUUUCAGUAAAUCAGCUUUCUUCCACAUUUGCUGCAUGUCAACUUUUCCAUGAGACUGCUGGCUCACCGGCUGGACUCUCAGGCCUACUUCCACCCCAAGGCUUGCCAUCCUGUUGAAAGAUUCUUAUUUAUCUCUUGGUUCACCAUGGCUGAAAUAGCCUAAUCUCUCUCAAGGAUGUUUUCAGAAGGGAAAAAUGAGCUUCCUUUGGAGGGAAGAGAAUCAGAGGAGCAUUUAAAUGCGGAAAGCAUUUUCCCACUUACAGAGCUCUGAGAGAUGUAGCAGCAGAGUCAGCCUUUCUGCAGAAUUCAUUGAUGGGAGAGUCGUCAUCCUU